AUGAAUGAGAAAGGAGAGAAUAAAGCAACAGCUCCAAGCCUGAAUACCACGGCUGGUCGUUUCGGAUCCAAAAUUCGACCUACCCCAUUACAGUUACCUUUUGAAGAAUUUAUCACAUUUCGUAAGAAAUUAAAAGUCAGAAGUAGGAUUGCCGGAGUUCCUUUUGGCCUGUUAGGUUUAACAGCUUCAUCAAUGGUAUCAGCUUACAUGCUUCCAAACAUGUUUGAUACACCACCGGAUGAGAUUCAACCGAUACUAGGAAUGGAUCCAAUCAUAUUUUGCGCUUCAGCUGGUGUUUUAGCUAGCUUGUGCACUUUUGUUGGAGGGUCUUCGCUGUAUCGCUUUUUCUGGAAGAUUUCUAAUAGAGAAUUAGCUAAGAAUAUAGAUGAGCGUGAGAAAGAUUUCUUGCAAAGAAUAGAAGCCAAUCGUGUUUCAAGGUCGUAUGGUACGAGCAAAUAUGAAGAUGAUUAUUAUGGUGAUACUAUCGUUACGUUAAGUGAUUAUCGACAAUGGUUGAGAAAACAACAACAAAAAGCUCAAGAUGUUACUAGUUCAGAUAAAUCGUAA